CCUGCCCGUGAACGGAACAUUGACCGCGCCGAGCUGCAGGCCAUCGAGCGCGCCCUGGCGCACGCCCUCCCGCCGCUGGUCCUGCAUGUCGGCAGGCAGUCCGUCAUUGAUGGAGUGGCCGCUGGUGAGCGGUGGUGCACCGCCUCACGCCGCCCGAAUACAGACUUGUGGCGACAGGUAUGGGCAAGGCUGCGGGACAUCGGGCUGGGCCCCAACGGCGUGCAGUUCCGCAAAGUGAAGAUCCAUCGCUCCGCGGCCGUGAUGGAGUCGCUGGAUUCCGAGCAACGGCGCGUCGCCCAGGCCAACAAAGCGGCGGACGAACGAACGGGCCGCGGAGCUGAAUGCGGCACCAGUGUCGUGCUGCAGUACAUCGACAAAGCCUGCAUUGCAGCGGCGGAGAAGAUCCACUACGUGUUGAAUUCCCAGACAGAGAUCACCACGCGGGUGCUGCCGGACGAAUGCUGCAGAGGGCACGUCGCCGCCAAACUCCCCAUGGUGUUCGCGACGGCUGGCGCCUUCUCGAACGGCCACCGACUGUGGAAGACGUCGACGUGGGUAUGGUGCCAGCGGUGCGGCCAGCACGCCCAGCGCCGCCUGGCAGGCCUCCGCGGCGGUUGCCAUGGCUGCCCCAAGCAGCCGUGGCACCUUGCGAACCUGCGCGCGGGCAGGGCGCCGAAGGCUCACGCCGACGGUCCUCAGGUGGGGGUCCCAACCCCUCUCACCGAGGCAGAAUGGGAAGAGUGGCUGGCGCGGCGCGGGUGA